AUGUCGGAGAGCGAUACAUCUACAGGCGACAAGUACGAGACCGACAGCGACAUCGAAGACCAAGCUCCGCCUGGGACCUGGCGAUAUGUUGCGACAGAGGUCGAGGGAGUGGAAGUCGACGACGUGGACGGCUUCCUAUUGGCAAAGACAAGAGAAGAAUCAAGUACUGGCAUCAGCCGGCUCUUACAGAAGAUGUUUGGGACGUCGGACCACCACCUUCCUGGUGUCGGCUUGGACCCAGCCAUCCUGGCGAGCCUCAAAAACUACGCCAACAAGAGCUUGCGUGAGGCAGAUGCGGUGACCAUUGACGACGUUUUCCAGUUGGUGGAAGUGGGACUGUGGUUAUGUUUCUACGGUAUCACGCCUGACGCAUUCUAUAGAGCCGAAAACGCCAGGUGUUACCCACCUGCGGCGGCGGUCAUGUCCGUUGCGAAGUACAGAUCGUUGUUGGCAGCAUUCGGGAUCUCCAACCCGCAACAUCGGAGCAACACAAGCCACCGAAAUGCUCCCUUCACCCUCAAUCGAGAUAUUUCGAAUACAAUGGAGCAAAUACGCCGAUUUUGUUCGGAUAUAGGCUUUGUCAAUGAGAUCACAAUCGCUUCGCUCGAUGACGACAUGCUCCGGCUUCGAUCGCAGCUAGUUGAUGACUUUGGACUAGCUCACAUCGGGAACCCAAAAAAAAGGAUACACCACGAAAUUGUUUCGGUCGUCACAGGUUUUUAUCUUGGUGGUCAUAUAGCUGGACGUGGUGAGUCAAAUAUUGAUGCGGUAAGGAUAUUGCAGCGCUCGUUGGGUGGAACGUCUACCGAGAACCAAAUUUGCUUACCUGGGAUACUGGAGUAA